GCAGCGCAGCACGGAUCGUUUGUUAGUUUGUUAGUAUCGUAGAUAGUCAGUAGUUUAGAGUUUAGCACUAGAAUCUUAAAGACGGUGGUUUUAUUUGGUUUUAAGAGCAUCAAAGAGCUUUCUACCGCCACUUUAUCUGCUCUUUAGCCGGAGAUUUCAGCAAACUAGCUCCAGCUGUUAGCAUCCGCUAGCUAGCUCCAGCUACCUGUUAGCAUCCGCUAGCUAGCUCCAGCUACCUGUUAGCAUCCGCUAGCUAGCCAGCUAUCAUGGGUCUCCCUCUGUGGAUAUUUGUUCUGUCUUUAACUGGAUUUGUGGUGAAAUCAAACGGGUCAGAGGUCAUCAGAGUAUCUGAAGGAAGUGACGUCAUCUUACCAUGUUCCAUCAAGGAGAGUGUUGUACGACAACUCUUUGUCUGGAGGAAAGAUGAACAGAAGAAGAAGGUGUUCAUGUACGAUGCUGGUUUUCAUUCUAACAACGGUCUCCCAGGUCAAGAUGAUCAGUUCAGAGGACGAGUCUCACAUUUUCCAGAUCAGCUGCAGUUUGGUAACGCCUCUAUCAGGAUUAAUAAUGCAACGAUCGCAGACUCUGGAGGCUACACCUGUUACUUUCCACAUAUUAAUGGAGGACUGACAUUCUACAUGAAGCUGGUUGUUGAUCCUGUCCUUAAAGAUCGAUCAGGAGAAAAUUAUGGUUCAGUUCCCAAACCCAGCGUCACCAUAUUUAAUGUGACAGAUUCUGGGGUCCAGCUGAAGUGUGAGGUUCAAGGAGCUUUUCCAAAGCCAGAGCUACGGUGGAAGGACAGUGAUGGAAACAUCCUUGAUGCUGAGGAGGCUGAGAUCUCAGAGAGAGACGGCCGCUACCACGUCACCCUCCAAACUACUGUGACCUCCACCACACCACCAGCUUCCAGUGUGUGGUCCAACAGAAGGACCUGAACCAUGAGACUGCUUCUACCAUCACUGUGUCUGAGGAACUGUUUGUGAGCUCAUGCAGUAAAGUGACCACUGAAGGAGUCCUGAUUGGAACAGGGUUGGGAGUUUUACCGACUGCAGUUCAAGCUUUACUUCUGGCUUUUAAUUGCAUCAGGAUCAGUCGGAUCAGAGGAACUAAGAAGAACAAAGAAGAUGAACCUGAACCAAUGAAGUCACUCAGCUCUGAUAAUAUUACUGUAUAACACAACUCAACAUUACAACCAUCACUUAUUACCUCAGUGUUUAAUGACUUGUGCUGAUUGUAAUGUCAGUAGUUGUAGUUGUGUUACUGAUCAUACAUAGUCACCAUCACUUAUUACCUUAUUACCUAAGUGGAAAGAACUAAAACCAAAGGACAGUCAAUAAUAAUCAAUCAACGCUUUAAUUCAAUAAACAGAACUUCCUCUUUUAUCUUGAACUUUUACCCAAUGAUACGAUUCAUGAGUUCAGGUUUAAUAACCAAGUGUUUAAUGACUUGUGCUGAUUGUAAUGUCAGUAGUUGUAGUUGUGUUACUGAUCAUACAUAGUGUUACACUGAGGGAAUCUACCUGGUUCAGUUUAUUAGGUCUAAAUGAGCAGAAACAAGUGGAUUCCUUAAACACACGAUGCCUCCCUCUGCAUCAGCUACAUCUCAACAUGAAAUCACUAAUUAUCGGUUACCUUUUAUUACCAGAGAUGCAUUAAACGACGGUGGUUAUAGCAGCUACUGACUCUAAUGAAUCCAUCGUCUCUGGUAAUAAAGACAAAUCCUGAGGAGGAGUUCACUGGUUCAUGGAAACUGUCAACAGCAGAGGUGUCAAACUCAAAUCCAUAGCGAGCCAAAGUUUAGUAAAUGCACUAAGUCACGGGCCAGAACAUUUUUUUGGUUUAUAGAAAAAGUAUAUCCAUAUGAAGCCUUUUUUUGCUUGUGUUUUGGGGUUUGCAUGCUGUAAGCAUUUUGAGCGCUUAGUUUUACCCUUAAGGGUGAUUCUUGUUAGACUAUUAAUGCUUUGGGUCAAGUUGAGGAGAGACUUCCAUUGUGAUUUAUUUACAUAUUUCUGUCCCAAGUAUUUGGGUCCUUGUUUUCUAUGCCUCCCUCUACACACUCAGCAAGCGACUGAAACCAGUCAUCAUAUUUCAUUGUUUUUCAAUACUUCAUUCUUUUCGUUGCUAAUUUUCUCAUCGAUGGUAUUUUGUCUCAGCCCUUUAUAUUAUAUGUAAACAGAUAUUCUGCCUCCCAUCUGUCCGGAAACCUCCUGUUUUCUGUCUGUCUUUUGUGUAGCGCUGUGAAGACUGUCAACAGAGGGGAGGGUGUUAAUUCUGUAUAUUGUGUGUUGUUCAUAUUUCAUAUUUUAUUCCUGUUGUAUGUGUUCAUACUCUUGUACAGAAAUAUUGAGCGUAUGUUGAGAAUUUAUAAUGAUGGGUAUUUGUGUAAAAAUGAAAAAAUGAAUCUUUGCUGAUCCCUGUGCCAGAUGUUUAUAAGAUAAUAUUUAAUAAAAUCCCCCAAAUCUUUAAUUUUUAA